UAAAAAAAGAAGGGCGACAGCGACAGUGCGACAGACAAAUAAAAAUUCUUCUCGUUUCUCGAGUCUUUACUCUUUAAUCGCGAAAAUUAGUUGACUGUGAUUUUUUUGUUGUUAAUUUUUAACUUUUUAAUUAAACCCGAACAAAUUAAUCCCGUCGCACGUACACGUACGAACGAGCCCAUUUUUGUUUUUAUAUUUACAAAUUCAAUAGCCAAUUUAAAGAAUAUUGAUCCCGUGGAACCGCCCUAAGCCGGAUUUUCUUCAGAAAAAAAGCCAGUCCCAGUACCCAGUCCCAGUCACAGUCUGCGCUGACAGGAUUGACAGACAAGAAGAACAAAAAAAAUACGGUCUAGCCCCAGGGAUUCAACCUCUUUCUUUACCCAAGAACCUCCAACAACGAGUCAAAAAAAUUAAAAAAAAACAAAGAAAGUUAAUUUAACUUAAAAAAGAGCACAAAACGUAUUUAUUGAUAGAUCGCGGGAGCAGGAGCAGUGUGCUGGUGUUUGGUGCUUGCAACAAAGAGAAAGAAAAGAAAACGCGAAAUCGGGCGUACCUUGGUUAAUUUUUCUUUUAGGAAUAUGCGAAAAGUUUGUUAAAUUUAAUUGAAAUCUAGCAAAUGAGUCAUGAUCAAUCUAAUUAAAUGAUGUUUGAGUGUAAAUUCAAGUGAUUUCUCACGAAUUCUUUUUUAAGUAAUUUAAAAAAAAAAUAUACAAAACAGAGAAAAGACUUCUUUUCUUAAAAAAAAAAUCAAAAAAGAAGAAUAAGAAGAAGAAGGAAAAUCAAAAACGAGUUAAGUAACUCGGGUUCGGUUCGGGUGUUGCUUCGCGAUUAAAAGUUUCCACAUUUAUAAUAAAAAUUGAACAAGUGUUAUUUUGCAAAGUGUGUAACAUUUUUUUUCUAACUGAGUUUCUUGAAUUAGAUAGGUACACUUUUUAUUUAAAUAAAAAAACAUAAUAUUUUUGUCCUGACAACGAAGGCAAGUUGUGCAAGUGGUGUGUUGCAUCGCCAGAGGGUACAGUACCUACCUUAAUUUUACACCUAAUCUUUCUUAUACACAUAACUCAAACUCAAAAUGACCGAAUACAAGUUAGUUGUUGUUGGUGCCGGUGGCGUGGGAAAAUCUGCACUUACCAUUCAAUUAAUACAAAAUCAUUUUGUAGACGAAUACGAUCCAACGAUUGAGGACUCUUACAGGAAGCAAGUUGUAAUAGAUGGAGAAACGUGUCUUCUUGAUAUUUUGGACACCGCUGGUCAAGAAGAAUAUUCAGCGAUGCGAGAUCAGUAUAUGCGAACGGGUGAAGGAUUUCUCCUGGUAUUUGCAGUAAACAGUGCCAAAUCUUUCGAGGAUAUAGGAACAUACCGUGAACAGAUAAAGCGUGUAAAAGACGCCGAAGAAGUCCCUAUGGUACUUGUUGGCAACAAAUGCGACUUACAAGCUUGGGCAGUUGACAUGAGUCAAGCCAGAGAAGUCGCGAAACAAUAUGGAAUUCCUUUUGUUGAAACAUCUGCCAAAACCCGUAUGGGUGUCGAUGAUGCAUUUUAUACACUGGUGCGCGAGAUUCGCAAGGACAAAGAACACCGGGGGAAAAAACAUCGUAACAAAAAUAAGCUGCCUCAUCGCAGAUUUAAAUGCGAUCUUCUUUAAAAUUAAAGCGAAAAAUAAAUCAUCAUUGCAAACAAUUCAAUGCAAAAAUCAUUUUAAAAUCAACUAAAAACAAAAAUAAAGCAGAAAAUAACCAUAGCUACUCACAAAACAACAAAUUACAAAUACAAAAACAAAAAAAAAAAACAUUUACAGCAAAAAGAAAAAUAUUCUUUUACUAAAUAACUUUAAAAUGAUACAAACAAAAAAAUAUAAAUAAAGAAAAGAAAUAAGAUUUGUUUAUUUUUUUUUCUCUGUAACUUAAAUUUUAUCAACAACAAAAAAAUUAAAAACAAAAUCAUUUUUUAAUUAUAAGAACGAAAUUUAUUAUUUAAUAUGUUUAAACUGCAAAGAGAUUUAUUUUUUAAUGUAUGAAACAAAUAAAAACCAAGUCGCACAGGUAAAAAACGCAUAGACUCCUUUUCUAAAUAUUUUUUUUAUUAUGUUAUUCUUUUGAGUUAAAUUUAUUUUUGGAAAACUAUUAUGUUAUGUAUACAUUUCAAACAAACAAAAAAAGUAUAAUAUUUGUAUAAUUGUAUAAAUAUAGGAUAUUUUUACAAUUGUAAAAGAUACAUUUUAAACAACAAACAAAACAAAAAGAUAUAUAUCACUAAAAACUGAAUAAUAAGGGAUUAAACAAAAUAUUUAAAUGAAUUAUGAUAUAACUCAUGUGAUUUUUUUUUCUAUUAAAACAAUUAAUUAUUUGCAAAAAUUUUGUCAACAUCCAUAAAAGACUUAAGGGCUUCUUAAAAAGAAAAGUAGGAUUUAUACUGUUUCGAAGAGCGCAUAAAACUUCGGUAACUUAUGUUGGUGCAUGCAAUAUUUGUGUCCUUCGGAAAACACUUUCGAAAAAUAUCCUAACAAUGGAGAGUAAAACAGUAAACAGGACAAAUAAUAUAUAUAGAAAUAUAAGUAUAACAAAUCUCUUUUAUUUUUAAGAAGUUUCUUUUGGACACGUUAUAAUUACCAUCAAAGAACUUAAAUACAAUGGAGUAAAUGAUAACGACCUGACAUAUUUUCUUUUAUCACAACACGAUUAAAAUAACAUCAACAAAAACAAGUUUAUCUCUUUCUAAAUUGAACUUCGCACAAACUAUGCGCAAGAUAGUAUUACUUAAAAAUAACAUAUUCAACUAUGGCACAUUAGGCCAUGUCGGGCCUAACAGACCGACAGAAUUGGUGAAUUUUGGUAGGCAGCGAGAUUCCAUUUUUCUCUUCAUUGGUUGCUUCAAUUGAAAUAUUUGGCUGGCAACAAAGAGUUAAUAGAUUUCGGUCCUUCAUGUUUCUUAGUUGGAUCUCAAAGUUCUACCAUUAUGCCUCUUACGGCCUUAAAAAAAAUAGUAUUAAUAGUACAAUUAGUUUCUGUAUUCUUGGUUUAAAAUUGUUUGCUCCAUGGUGCAACAGGGAAGAGAAAAAAAAUGUGCUUUGCGUAUUUAAAAAAAAAAAAACAAAAAAGAAGAAAAUAAUUAAAAAGACUAUUAAUUCUAAUCGCAAGAACUAUAAAUGUAUAUUUUAUGUAAUCACAUUUUUAUAAUAUGUAUACAUAUAUUUAUUUAUAUUCAUUAAACAAAAUAUAUAUCUAUAUGUAUACAUAAAAUUUAAUAAAUAAACUAGCUUUUUAAAAUUUUUUGCUAUUCAGAAAUAAAAACAAAAUACAAUAACAACGCCAUAACUAAAAUUACAAAAAAAGAAAUCUUAUAAAAUACAUAGUUAACUGUUUGUUUCUAUCUUAAAAAAAAUAAAAUAUUUUUUCUAAUAGCUCAUAAUGGAUGAUAAAAGUAUUUAUUAAUUUAAAAUGUAUUUCAUUAAAAUAAUAAUUAUAAUUAAAAUUAUAAUAAUAAUAAAGUAACACAUAAAUAAAUUUCUUUUAAUUUUUAUAAAUUAUGAGUGUAUGAUGUAUGUAUGUAUACCAUUCUACAAUAAACAAAAAUAAAAUAUACUUUACAUUAUACAACUCUUAAUGUUCCCUUCAAUUUUGUUUCUUUUUUAAUUUCAGUAAUUUGUAUUUUCUUUAUUUCUGCUACAUUUUUUAUACGAUCCCUUUUUUCAUAAAUUGCAUGAAAAUAAUUAAUUAUUAUUAUUAAACAAAUAAAAAUAAAAAAAAAUAAUCUAAUUGAUGCGAUUUUUUGCAUACUAUGUUAUUAAAUCUAAUUAAAUAAAAAAAUGUAUGGUAUAAUUUAA